AUGAGCCGAAUAUUAUCUGGAAAGAAGCAGGACGGCGUAGAGUACAAAAUUAGCAUGCGCAAGCUGCAGAUGCAGGCAGAAACCUUCUUUUCGUUCCUUCUUCUUUCCAUAUAUAGAGCCCGUGAAAACAGCGCAAUAGAAAGCGAAGCUUCCUAUAUCUUGAAUAUGCUGUCGUUCACUGAUAUAUUCCACAUCUUCAACCCAAAAAAGCAGAAGACUCUAUCGUUUAACUUCUCAGAGUCGCAGACGUCUGCUGCGCCGUCAAAGAAAACAAAAACCAACAUACUUCAGGCAGUGGCAGUGUCAAAUUACAUAAAAAAGAGACUGAGAGCCAGUCUAGCCAGAGAAGGGGCGCUGCACGAGUUCAUUCUGAGCAGGAUAGAAAAAGAAGACAUUUGCAACGCAGAAAAAACAAGAAACCUGGAAAAGCACCGCAGCGAGCUGAUUAAAAUAUUCAACAGAGAAGUGCUUGAUGCAUUUGAUGAAAUAAAAAACUCAAACGUCAUAGAGGAAAUAGUUGAAAACAUAACAACAGAGUUCUUCAGGAAACAGAGCUCUGCCGGAUCGCUUCUAAGCAGCGACAGGCACUCUGUCUCUAGCAAAACACUCUCAAGCGGUUCUAAAAGAUCACCCAGCAGAACACAAACAGCCACUUCUCUUCAUACCAGCCCCAUAAAUAAGACAAAAGAAUGCUCAAAAAAUAGAACGGAAAAAGCAGCAGAGAAUAAGACUGCAAAUGCAAGCCACUAUGUUUCUGAGUGCAACAACAACAGCCUGUCUUCCUACCAAGAUCUGUACUUCGAGAUGAAAGAGAGUGCUGAAAAUGAAUUUAUUUUGAAAACACUUCUCUCCUCUGCACAGGAAGAUGCCUUCAGUGACUCAGUUAUUUUCUACGUUCUUGUCAUUGCUGCCGUUUUUCUUUUUUUAAUACUUGUGGGCAUAUGCGUUGUAAUUGCCAUCCUUCUGUUAAGAGCGCCCAGCCCCACAAAACACUGCAACUGCAGCUGA